CGAGUAUUAUAAAUAUUAUAAGUAUAGUCAUUUUUGAAUAACUUGUUGUAACUUUUUUAUAUCCCCUCAUCGUUGAAACAUUAAUAAGUUAUUGAUAUGAAUGCAAUUAAGUGUGUACUGGUUGGUAACGGUAUACCCUACUUUGAUUUGCACAAUUUCACAUUUUUCAGAACUGUGGGUAAAACAAGUCUAUUAGAGUGUUAUACGACGGACAAACUCCUCGACGACCUCUGUUGGAGGGCCUAUAUUUAUGAAAAAUAUUCCGCUAAUGUGAUGGUCGACGGAGAGUCCGUUAAUCUAGAUCUCUGGGAUACGGCCGGUCAGGAGGACUACGACCGACUGCGACCCCUAUCCUACCCAAAAACCGAC